AUGGUGGUCUGCAUUGCUUGUCAGGGUUGGGUGUGAUUUAUGAGGGGAAGUAAGGGAGGAGCUGUGGUUCGUUUCUCUCUGGAGAUCUCCGUAGGUUCAGCGUGAAGUACCGAUAACCUCUGGAGCUUUCCUGUGGAGGCCCGGAAAGAGUCACGGCGCGGGAAGUGUCUCUGCGUUUAUAAACACAGCUAACGCCCCUUGUCCUGCUAGAAGUGUUUACAUGUCUUAGCCCACGAGUGUGACAGCACUGCAGGGUAUUUUGGUAACCUUUUAACCAUUGCUUUUUCGUAACAAACCACUAGAAUCCCAGUCGUCAGAAGGUUCAUCUCUUUCCCACCACUGGACCGCAGAAAUGUACAACAACAGCUACUCCCGGGCCACAUUCGGGCUGGAGGCGAAACAAAUCCACAAGGCGAAGGGGAAAAGCUGCGGCUACUACAUGAGGAUCGUGUUCUUCUUCUCGUCUCUGAUCCAGUCUCUCAUCAUCGCCAGUCUGGUGCUCUUCCUUGUGUACGGCCAGCCGGAGAAGACCGCCGAUGAGAAGAGAGUAGAAGAGCUGGAGCAGGCCUUUAACAAGCUCUCCGCAGACAACAACAAACUCCGAAAAGAGAAAGCUGACCUCGCCGGUGCCCUCAAAGCGAAGACUGGAGAGAAGGAUGCGGCAGACAAAGAGAUAGCAAAGCUGAAAAAUGACUUGAACACGACAAGUUUCAAUAGCAAAAACUUGCAGAAGGCACUUUCUCUUUGUGAGAUCAAUAAAAUGAAGCUUUCAAGCACUCGAAAUACUCCACUCCCAUGUCCACCAAUCAACAACAAUCUGAAUGGUGAAGUAAAAACUCUGAAUACCCUUCUGGAUCAGCAGAAAGUUAUGUAUGGUAUCCUUAAGAGCAACUUCAGCCAGACAGUGGAGUACCUCAAAGCUGACUUGGACAACGCAGUGAAGGAUAAAAACCAACAUCAUACUCAGGUGAUACAACUGAGACAGGAAAACGUGAAUUUGAAAUCCCAGCUUGAUGUUUACACCAAGAAAUGCAAAGAAGACUUUGCAGAGUCCCUCAUAGGCAUCCAAACGGUCACAAGUGCCUUCCUAACCAAAAUCGACAACUUCUUCACCAACUCGGUCACGUUUCACCUCACCUGCCAGAAACAGGAAGAACAGAUGGACAGGAUUCGCUCCAACUGCUCUAGCCUUUCUCGACAGGUGGAGGACAAGUUCCAGAGCUACCUGAACACUGUGGGAGCGAAGGUCUCGAGCAUUCAAAAACAGAGCAGCUUGUUGGAAGUACAGAAUGCGGAGCUGACUUCAGAACUGGACAAGUGUAAAACAGGUCGAGAGAAAGAGUCUGCAGAGAGCAGCAAAAAACUGCAAGACGCCCAACAGACAUAUGACAGACAAUUGGAGCAGCUUCUCAGGGAGCAAAACAGACUGAGGGAUGAAAAGAAACUGGUAGACACCCAGCUCUCUGUGAAAGACGCCACCCUCAUAUCUCUGCAAAGUGGCUGCGUACAACAGCCCAAACUUGCUGGUCUUCAACCCCCGGGAAAGGCUGGCUUGCUCCCACCUGGUAGGAGCAAUUAACCACUAAAGGUUGGGUGUGGAGAAAGGAAUGAUCUGAAUCUCAAGGCCGGACUCUGAGUUUUUGAGUGUGGGGGUUUCCUGAUUUUUAGCCUGUGAUGUCUUUUGUAAAUAAUGUUGUCACCUUGGAUCACUGUAAAUGUACAUGCACUCGAAUGUUUAGUUCACUGUAUAGUUGUAUUUAAGCGUUACGGGCUGUG